CAAUGUCAAAUCAUCCCUAAUCCUAAUAACCAUAACAAUAAGCACAACCUCCAUAACCAUAAGCAAGAACUGUUGCUCCAACAUAUCCAAAUACUGUCUUACCACAAGCAUAUCCAAAUGCUUUCUUACAACCAACAUAUUAUCCAGCUUCUCCCGUUAGACAAUCUUAUGUAGCUCCUGUAUAAUAUGCUCCUAUGCCUUAAAUGUCUGUUGCUCCAAUUGCCUAAGUCCCAGUUUAACAAUACGCUGUUGCACCUGUAGCUCCUGUUGCUUAAGUAAAUUUUGAAUUUAUUUUUAGCAUCAAUCAAUCAAAGGAGAAUCAAGAAUUGAAUAUGUACCUUAUUAAAAAGCUGUCAUUGAAUAUGAAGAAUAAGAAAUCGUCUCCUAUGUUCCAAGAGAAACAAAAGUAACUGAUUACUAUGCUGUUGAAUAUCAAACAGAAUAUAUCCCAUAAGUUUUCCAAGAGAAAUAUACCGGUAAUUUUAAUAUAUAUAUAUAAACUAGAGUAUGUACCUGUUGAUAGAUAUUAAGAAAGAGUUGAGUACUAAGCAGUAGAAAGAUAAGUUGUUCAUUAAUAACCUACACAAUAUGUGUAAUAAGCUGUAUCUGUAGUUUAACAACCAUAUGUUUAACAAUCUGUUCAAUAUGUCUAACAACCAGUUUAAUAUGUUUAAUAACCAGUUUAAUAUGUUUAAUAACCUAUGAUUGCAUCAAGAAUGGUUCCAUAAUUUGCAUAACCUCUUUAAUAAUAUCCUCCUUAAUAAUAUCAUCCUGCUCCUGUAACUAGACCUUAAUAACCAUCAUAAUAACCACAUCAAUCCCAUUAAUCAUCCCAUUAACCAUAAUAAGUGGCAUCUCAAUAACCAAGAUCAUAACCAAGCCAAUAAUAAUAAUCAUAAUAACAAUGAU